AUGGAUAUCGUGAUCGAGUGUCUUGUUCCAUUAAUGGUUGACGUAUCAGGUAUGACGAAAAUAAUGAAUUCCGUACUGUACGCGAAUGAGAUAAGAGCCUUGCUCGAUCAAAUAAAAGAUGAUUUUUAUUCGUUAAAAAAUUCCAAUGACAUAAAGAUACUUGAAAAAUAUGCGGAUAGUGGUAAAAAAUCCUCGACCAUUUAUAUUUGUGUGAUGUAUAUAUUAACAGUAGCAUUUUUAUUGAUGCCCCUCCAACCGUUAAUCCUUCAAGUCACCAAUGUCACUCGGCCUAUGUUGCACAGAGUCGAAUAUUACAUCGACAUGGAUAAGUAUUAUUUUCACAUACUGAUUCACGGAUAUUUCACCGCUAUAAUUUGCGUUACGUCCAUCGUCGCGACCGAUGCAAUAUUUGUCAUAUUUAUGCGACACGCUUGCGGUCUAUUUAUCAUAACUGGCUCGCGAAUAGAACAAGCUAUACAGGAAAUAUACCUGAUCGGAGAUGUCAAUCUCCCAAUUACAAAAGAUACGGCGUACCAAAAUAUGGUACAGUGUGUUCACGAUCACAGAGCAGCUAUAAGGUUUGUCAAUCUCAUAGAAAUUGUGUAUUCCAAACACUUUCUAUUCCAUGCCGGGCUGAAUAUGAUAGCUAUGAGCGUUACAGGCGUUGGGCACGCGAUGCUCAGUCUCAUGAAUGGCACUAGGCUGAAAUCGUUAAAAGAUAUUGACCUGUAG